AUGGAAAUAAAAACUUCUGUAUCAUUGUUUUUUCAACUUCAGUAUCCAUCGGUGUUUUCCUUCAUCCAUAGAGAAUCAUUCUUAUACUAUUUCUUGAGUAACGAUUACGAUAAUGAUUUUGUUUCAGAAGAACUAGUCUUUGCAAUUAGUGCCCUAGGUUCUAGAGUGAGUGAAAAUGAAGAUCUAAGAUUAAAAUCAGAAUAUUUUUAUGAUCAUUCAAAGUCUUUGGUCUUCAAAUACAACGAAGAUAGUUGUUUUACAAAUGGUACUUCUAUUACAAAGUUGCAGACAUUGUUGUGCUUAGCAUUAUAUGAUAUUGGUAGAGGGAGCCUAACAAGUGGUUGGCUACUUUCGGGGCUUGCAUUUCGAAUGGGAUUUGAAUUUGGCUUCGAGUUAGAUCCAAAAGAAUGGAAUAUAUUAAAUUUGGAUCAUAAAAAUGAACGGAAGACGAAGAAAAAAUUACAUUCGGAUUAUCCUUUUCAAAUUCACAACGUUAAAAGUCGGAUCUAUUGGGGCUGUUACAUCGCGGAUAAUUUUAUAAGUUUAGUACUAGGGAGGCCGACAACCCUUAAAUUAUCUGAUACUAACAUGCCAGAAUCAGAAGAUAUGGGGGAUUUAACGAACAUUGAAGAAUAUAUGUAUCACGAUCCCAAGACAAAUAUAAUUCAAUCUGCUUAUCCGACUAUUAAAGCACUAGUUGAGUUAAUCAAUCUUUCUAAUUAUAUACUAAAUUCUGUAUUUGAGCCGUUUUCUAAUGUAUCAGGAGAUCAACUAAAUAUUGAAUAUUCCAAAAGAUUGAAAAAUUUAUAUUUUUAUAAUAGAAAGUUGUUUGAGUGGAGAUCAAAGCUCCCAAUUGUUUUACAAUGGAAUAGUGGAAAUUUAGAAAAUUCUUGUGAGAAUAUAUUCUUGCAUACUCAUAAAUGCUACUUUUAUAUCGUUUCAUUAUGCUUAAACAGACCGUUUAUUCAACUUUCUGUUACACUUGAAGAGGAAUAUGAGAUAUCACCUAUUUCAAUAUGUGACAAUAUUGUUGACGAGAUAGGAGUGAUAAUUGCUGGCUUAGAGACAUCGAACGGAAAAGACAGCAGAGCAGUUGGUCUUCUUUUAAUAUUUUGCUCUAUUAUGUCUAUAAGCAUCUUAUAUAUCAAAUUUUCGAUAGUGAAAAAUAUCAAUGAAAAGCUUGAAAUCGAGACAAAGCUAAGAAAUUUCUCUCGAUUUCUCGAUUAUGGCUCAACCAUUUGGCAUGUGGCUAAAAAGCCAUCCAGCAUUGCCAAGAAGAGAAUCGACAAUAUCUGGAAUGACUUCAGCGCAAGUAAAGAUAAGCCAGUAGGUCAAUUCGGCAAUGAAAUGCCUAAUACACAGGAUACGCUCAUUAAUGUAAUGGAUAGCUUAUUUAAUUCAAACGGAGGCGAUUUGUCUUUUUUACGACAUGAUUUGACAAGCAUGGAUUGGGAUAAUUUUUUUGACUUUGAUUUGAAUCUUCAGGACGUGCAUAGUACAUGA